ACAGUCACUGAAAACUCCGCUGAUGGUUGAGGCUGCUGGGUGCUUCGUCGGCAACAAACAGCGCAAAAAGGGUCAGUGUUCGUUCGCAAACCGUCUCGCAUCCGGAAAUUCGAAAUAAAUAUAAUCAACCGAUAUUGGACAGCUACAAUGGGUUUCUACGUCACGCCACAGAUCGUGCGGCAGCUUCGCCCGAUUUGCUUCCAACUUUCCGUGCGAUACUUUUCCGCUAGCGAUCAACACAACACUCGUUUGGCAGAGGUUGGCAAAUUGGAGCUUCCGAAGGCGCAAGGGAAGUACGAAACUGGUCAGCUCUUCCUACACCGUGUGUUCGGCUACCGAGGGGUAAUACUAUUUCCUUGGCUAGCUCGAGUGUACGAUCGCGAUUUGCCUGCGCAAAACAAGAGCAUUCAGAGCGAGACAACUUCUACGUCGACUAAUGGAGAUUCACCUGCACCUCCGAAUACCUCAAAAGAAGUGCAAAAGAAGACGCACACUUUCUAUCAGGUGUUGAUUGACCAGCGGGAUUGUCCGUACAUCCGAGCCCAGACAGAGGCCGUGACCUUUUUGGGCAACCAGGAAUCCAGUCGAAGUUUGUACGCUAUUCCGGGACUGGAUUACGUGGCUCACGAGGACAUUUUGCCAUACAGUUCCGGUGAGCAGCAUCCGCUGCAACAUGAAUUGUUCGACAAGUUCUUGGCACACCAAGCGGACAAGGAUCCACCUUUUAGUGCUCAGGAUACAUUGCGGGCAUGGCAGAAGAAGAAUCACCCCUGGCUAGAACUGUCCGAUGUGCACAAGGAAACGACCGAGGGCAUACGCGUAACUGUGAUCCCGUUCUAUAUGGGAUGCCGCGAAACCCCAGCAGCUUCAGUAUACUGGUGGCGCUAUUGUAUUCGUUUGGAAAAUCUCGGGGAACUGAGCGUGCAGCUUCGCGAACGACACUGGAGAAUUUUCUCCCUCUCGGGCACGCUGGAAACCGUCCGUGGGCGUGGAGUAGUUGGCCAAGAACCAGUCCUCAGCCCGCGGCUGCCGGCGUUCCAAUACAGCUCGCAUGUGAGCCUACAGGCUCCUAGCGGACACAUGUGGGGUACCUUCCGCAUGGAGCGUGAGGAUGGACAUAUGUUCGAUUGUCGCAUACCACCCUUCUCCCUCGAGAGCAAGCCGGACGACAGUGGGAACUCUUCGGACGAUUCAACGACCACUAAAAGUCCGAACAACUCCGGAUCGUCACCGUCAUCCACGACGACGUCCGGUGGAGGAGGAUCCUCAGAUGGGAGCGUUAGCUCUGCAGAAUUCAGCUCAAAGCAAGAUUAGUUUUUAUAAAAAGAAAUAUGAUCAUAAGUGUUUGAAACGAUGAUAUUUAUUAAACAUGUUGACAAACAAAUAUGACGCUUUUGAAAGCGAUGAUCCCGUGAAACAUGCUGUCCAACGCAUAGUCUCAACAUAAUAACUAUAAGGCCAACUUAUUCGUUGUAAAUAUGAUUUAACUGAUAUAAAAUAAUCCCAGUACCUACCGAA